AUGCAUGGGCGAAUCCGGAUAUUAGGUCAAUAUGCUAUAGAUGAUUCAAUGGAAGCUCAAGGUCUUAGUCACAACAUUGCAAAUGUUGAUAUAUACAGCAAUAGCUGGGGACCUGCUGAUGGUACUGGUUUUGAAGGUCCUGGUACAGUGACAAAGGCAGCACUGCAGAAUGGAGUUAUUAAUGGAAGGAAUGGGAAAGGUGCUAUUUACGUAUGGUCAGCAGGUAACGGAGGUACUAAAGAUAACUGUAAUGGUGACGGCUAUGUCAAUAGUAUUUAUACUGUAGCUGUUACUAGUGUACAAAUUGGUGAAAAUGCAUGGUAUUCUGAAGUAUGUGCUCCUGCGUUAGCUGCAGCUUAUGGUGGCAGUGAAGAAGAUAGAUUUCUUACUACCACUACAACGUCAUCAGGAUGUAAAAGCGAGGGUAUACAGGGAACAUCGUACGCAGCACCUAUAGUUACUGGUAUAGUUGCUCUAACACUGGAGGCAAAUCCCGAUUUGACUUGGAGAGAUAUUCAGCAUCUUAUUGUAUUCACAUCAACCAGAAAUGGUUUGAAUGACACCUACUCUGAUUGGUCAAUAAACGGGGCAAAAAAAGAAUUCAGUCAGCUUCUUGGUUUUGGUUUAAUUGACGCUGAUGCUAUGGUGAGCUAUGGAAAAAUCUGGGAAACAGUUCCAACACAACAAACGUGCACUACGUCUACAAGCUCUCCGUCUGUGAGCACGAAUACCUUCCUAUCUGAUUCUAUUACUGUAACAUCUGGUGACUGCUCAUCGAUAAAUUAUCUAGAACACGUGGUAGCUGACAUUACAUUCUCCUACUCAGGCUUAAGAGGUAUGACUCACUUGUAUUUAAUUUCUCCAUCCGGUACCAGAAGUCAUCUGUUACACUACAGAAAACAAGACGCUUUUGAUAAUGUACCAGCAGGGAGUCUUACCUGGGAUUUUAUGUCAGUGCAUUUUUGGAAUGAAAAUCCAAUUGGAAUUUGGAUCCUGGAACUAAGAUCGCAGGAAGUUUCAGUAACAGUGACCUUAGACAGCUGGUCCCUUACAUUUUACGGAACUACAACAGAUCCUUGGCCAGAAACAACAACUGAUGCUGUAACAACAACAGAAACAACAACUGACGCUGUAACAACAACAGAAACAACUACGGACGCUGUAACAACAGAAACACAUACGGACGCUGUAACAACAGAAACACCUACGGACGCUGUAACAACAGAAACAACAACUGACGCAGUAACAACAACAGGAACAACUGACGCUGUAACAACAACAGAAACAACAACUGACGCUGUAACAACAACAGAAACACCUACGGACGCAGUAACAACAGAAACAACAAUUGACGCUGUUACAACAACAGAAACAACAACUGACGCUGUUACUACAACAGAAACAACAAUUGACCCUGUUACAACACAGUUCACAAGCAGAGCAACAGACACAAGCACUAUGAAUACUACCGAUAGCAACGGAUCAGAUACUGAGGAUGACAGUUCCACCACAAUAAUAGUUGUGACAAUUACUACUAUAGUGGCCUCUGUAGCCGUAGUGUUGGUAAUAAUAAAGUGUAGUGGUGCAGGCACAUGCGCUGUGGUGCAUCCAUCAGUUUAAAAGGAAGAUGCAGUGCAGUCAACAAUGAAAUCAUUAUACAAAUAAUCAUCAGCAAAAACGGAAACCAGACCGGUACUUGUUGCUAAGGGAAACCAAAACUUUAUCUUUAAUAUUGACUUAAAUUACAAAGGUUUUAAAGUUCAACUUUAAAAGUGAAAAUCAUUAUUAACAUGAUAUAAGCAUAGAUACUUGGAG